AUGGAGGCCGACGGCCAGCGGCGGCGUCUCCUAGCCGCAGAUUUCGCGAUGUCCUUCAUGUGGGUCUGGUCAAGCGUGAUCGUCAAGAUAUUCGUGCACAGGAUCUUGGGCUACACCGCUCACGACGUGAAGGGCGAGGUGGUCAGAUACGCCGUCUCCCUCAUGAACAUGUUCUUCUUCGCAUUCGUGGGGAAGGCCACCAAGGGCGGGGCUUAUAACCCCCUCACCGUCUUGUCCGCCGCCGUGUCCGGUGAUUUUCCCAAUUUUCUAUUCACUCUUGGGGCCAGAAUUACCGCACAGAUAGUUGGAUCAAUUUACGGCUUGAGGCUCAUCUUGCAAACAGUUCUCGGGAUAGGACGUGGGCCACGCUUGAACAUUGAUAUUGCAAAGGGAGAAUUGACCGAAGGUUUUCUGACAUUUUCAAUUGUGAUAAUAUCACUUGGUCUGUCCAGAAAAGUUAGCGACAGUUUCUUUAUGAAAACUAGGAUUUCAAGUCUCUCCAAGCUCACUCUUCACCUUCUUGGCUCGGAUCUCACUGGGGGAUGCAUGAAUCCAACCUCUGUAAUGGGGUGGGCUUUUGCUAAUGGGGAGCACAUAACCAAGAAGCAUUUGAUCGUCUAUUGGCUUGCACCCGUUGAGGCCACUUUAGCUUCAGUUUGGGUGUUUGGUAUACUAUUUCGACCUGAGAAGGAUGAGCCAUCAGCUGCUAGAAAGAACGACUCCCCACAGCUGAAGUCUGAAAAAUCUGAUUGA